AUGGCGGGUCGUGUUGUUGAUGUGUUGGAUGUUUGUCCUCAACUUGUGCCUCAAGACAGGACAAAACGAUUCUAUGACGGUUUUAUCACAGUUUGUGUAAGUUACUAUUGUGUCAAUAAGUGAAGAAAGAAUGUUUUGCGAGAAAAAGAAUGCAAGGUUGUGUUGAAGUCUUUGUAAAUAAUCUUGUACGAUCCUCGCAGAAAAAGAACUUCCGAAUUUGCAUCCAAAUUCCGGACCACAAGUCCAUGGAAAAUGCCAGGUAGGAUUAAUGUUAAAUGUUUCUAGUCUUCUCGGAAAUGAUGGAAACUGUAAGCGCCGUCUCAAAGUAUUUUCAUAGGUCCAAGUCCACUCUGAUGGCUUGGACGCGACGGACGCCCCGCGUAUCAGAUCGUUUCGCCCCAGGGCCUGCACUCCAGAUUUCAAGUGACGGGGAUGAUCGAAUGGGAACAAAAAUCAAAACCAAAAUAAAUCCCUGGGCCAACUUAACCCCCCCAAAAUCCCUGGUCCAAAUUUCCGAGCCUUAAAAACUGCAGCCGCAAACCAAGUGUGGUUUUACUUUACUCGCAUAACUAUGCGGCCGGGAUAUGGGGGCACUUCUACGAAUCUUCAGAUUGUUCUGAAUAACCAAAAUAUCCCCACUUAAAUCAAUCCAUCUCAAAAAAAUACUUGCCAAAUUUUCCUAUCCCAAAAAAUCCCAGAAUCAAAAAUUUCAAACGUUGAAAAAGUCCCUCGACAGGAGCCCAUCCACUUGUGGAAUCCAAGCUUACCUAAAAUAACAUGUCUGAUAAGCAGUUUUACUGUGUCGUGGAGUGUUCUAUGUCAUCGGGCAAAUUGUCUGGGGGGGGGGGACUCCCAAAUGAAAGAGGCAGGAGGCCUCCUUAGUUCGGGGUGGGAGGCAAUGUAUAUCCCUAGUCUGAAUUUCAAAACCUGUCAUAUUGGAGAAGGAAGUAAAAUCCCUAGGUAUUUUAUAUUUUGCUUCAUCGCUGUUGCAGUUUCAACUCAUCUUGUGUCAUUUGUGGCUAUUUUAAUCUGUCUUUUGUCAACAUUUCAAGGCCAUGUCCCUUGUUAAAAAAAAUUGCCUUAUAGCAGGUUAGUCCCUUGUCAGAAUUGGGUCAUAACAGAGCCUCAGAUAGGGAUGCCCGUCAUCUUGCUUGGAGGAGUAAAUUGCACGUUGUGGUCUUAACUAAGAGUGUUUAAGAUGGAAAGAACAUAUUUUGGGCUGCAAUUUUCUGGGUCACUACAGCUCUUUAUUGGGUCCAGGAAUUCAUUGGUUACCUGUUUUAAGUAUAGCCUGUUUUGGGGGAUUUGGAACACACUUCCUUUUUAAGACAAAAGUUAAAAACUUUUCUCUUUGACAAAUUUAUUUAGAGCAAUUUAUAAUUCUUUACAGGGUUUGCACACACCUUGAAAGUCCUUGAAAAGUCCUUGAAUUUUAAAAUAAAAAUUCAAGGCCUUGGAAGUCCUUGAAAAUUGCAGUAGGUGCUGGAACGUCCUUGAAUUUUGGUGCUAACUUUAUCUAACCCAGUAAAGACAGAAAGACCUUCAGGAUAAAAUUACCCAUGUUGUGGAAGAACUUAAAAAGACAUAGACUUAAGGCUCUUUUUUGCACUAAAUGGAGUCCUUGGAUAAUGGGAAAUGAGUCUUUGAAAAGUCCUUGAAUCUUUUGUUCAAAAAAGGGUAUGAACCCUGUCUUUAGUAUAUAAGUUUUUUUUAUUUUAGACGUAAUUUUUGUGAAACACCUUGAAUAACUGUUACUAGUGGAUGCAUUGGACAGCUAUGUAAAAGCAUUAUUAUCAUAAGUAUCAUUGUCAUCAUCAUCAUCAUCAUUAUUAUUGUUAUUAUUACCAUUACUAUUAUGAUUAAGUCUGAUAAUAUGAUUUUAAGUGUCAUUGUACUUUUCGUUUGUUUUUUGAUUGGAUAGAGUGUCCCCCCAGGGAUGUAACAAUCUGUGACAGUAACCGUUAGUGUUUGUUUUUCCCGGGUAGUGGGACUGGGUAGAAGGGUGCUUCCCUUGGGACAUGAGUCCCAUCCGUGCCCAUCCCAGUUGGACAGGUCUGCUGCCAGCGGGGCUGAAUUGAAUAUUCAGUUGAAAAAAUAAUUAAACGAAUGAAACUUUUUAAUGGUUGGCAUUUUUUACUGUUGUGAUUAAAUUUUGUUGCAAAUUGUUUCUUCAGAAUUGAGUGUGGAUGGAAGCUGAGGCACCUGCUGAGGGGAUAUGAAGGGGUAAUAAAACAGGUAUAACUUGCUAGAACAAAAUAAUAUUCAUGACUAAAAGCUAGUAGUUCUCAUGUCUGUGGUGUUGCUUAUAUUUUAUGAAAAAGACAACGUUAUUAGAGAGAUUCAGAAUCAUAAUGAGGAGAAAUUGGAGAAUACAACAUUAGAUUUGUUUUGAUGAAAUAAUUCUGGUAUAAACCGACUUUUGUCUUUCUUAGCACCUUCACAUGCUACAUGAGUCUAGUGUAUAGUACUCUGUAAAACAACAUGUGGGUUUUGCGUGACAUUAAUUUGACUUAAGUCACUCCAGGUGGAAAUGACAAGGUUUAUGAACUUUGUAUGAGUUUUUCUCUUUGAUCCUUUCUUUACAGAGGCUAGCACAAAGUAGGGAUUUGCCAUCAUUUCUAGUGGAACUCAAGAGUAUUCUGGUAUGUGGUCCACUAAUGUCAUUCUCUUCCAUAACAAAAGUUAUGGGGAAGUCAAGUCAGCCCUUGUUUUUUAACUAGUUAUCCAGAAUGUUAAUUUAAGUAGUAUCAAUGUUAUUUGAAGCUUAUGUGUCCCUCUGCCAUUAGAGAUAACUAAAAGGACAACCUUUAUUACCUAAAUCCUACUAAAUAAUGUGUUAGACAUGCUAAUAAUAUAUGAAAAUUAAUGUUAAUCUUUUCCUCCCGUUUUCUGCAGUGACAAAUUUUCUAGUACCACACCACACCACUGAUGGAAGCGUAUUUACCAGGGUACCCUUGAGGUGGAUAAACAUUUCAUCAAGGGUGGGGGAGGGGGUUACAGUUUUCAAACACGUCUUUGGUUUUUCUAUUUUCAAUCGUUAGGAGAAGCUCCUGAAAUGUCAGAGGUCAGAAAAAGUUGGCUCUGGACCAAAGUUUUACACACAUUUGGUGACAGAGCUAGAAGCCAUUGGUUGGGACAAGUGAGUACAAAUUGAAAUUAGUUAUGUUUUUUUGUUCAGUGUUGUUAUACUGGAAUUCUGUUACUUUAAGCAGAGCACCUUUGUUGUUGCUGUGGCUCUUAAAAGAAGACGUAGUGGUGUGAACAUGAGCCACAUGGUUACAACAGUGUAUUAUUGGCUCUCUUACGUGUUAACUAUUCCUGACAGCAUGUCAGAUAAUAAUUAUCUUGAGUUAGUCCUCAAUGAAAAGCAUCAAACUCAACAAACAGACACAAUCUAUUUUCUUUGCUUAGAUUGGCUUUUGUCGAUCCAUCUUUUGAAGUUUUGAAAUUUGCUGCCAGGUAGGUAAUGUAAUUUCCUCUGCAGUGGAUUUUGCCAUAAGUGGAAUUUGUAUUCCUUAUGAUAUUGAGACUGAGUCUAUUAAGAUGCUGUUGGUGUUAAUAAACUGAAAAUUAUUUUAAUUAUAUCAGUAGAGUGGUGUGCCAAUCAUUGAUUUGAGUAAAAGAGAUGCAAUGAUUGAUUUUGAAAAGUGUUCAAUUAAUUACCUUAGAGAAAUUAAAAAAAUUAUUGUUGACAAACAAGACUCCUAAAAUUUCUCUUGUCUAUUUUAAUAAAUUAUGGAUUUGUAUUGCAGGUGUAAUCCAUUGAUAAGUCUAUGUUUUUUUAUCAUGCUCUAGAACAAGGUACAAUGGCCCUGUUAAACUAUUUGAAUUCCAAUGAUCAAUUAUGUAAUGGCAGCUGAUUUCCAUCACUACCAGCUCUAAACAGCUUGCAUUGAGAGCGGACUCAGCAUUUUGGUGGUACAUCUCACUAAUUUAUUACAGUGCUAUGUGUUAGUUAAUAUUAGAACAGUUUAGCCCAGCAACACUUUGGAACAAACAUGCUUUUAUUUAGUUUGUCUUUGCUGUUGUUGUAUCAUAGUAACCAGCAAUGUAUCAUUAUUCUUACAGAGAUAGCAGAGAUAGAGAGCAUUUUAUCACUGUGCAUCUCUCAUCUCAGGUAAUGCGAUAAUCUUUAUACUCCCAGCACACUAAAAAAAUAAUAUUUUUCACAAGACUUUAUUGUGUGGACACUCAAACUGGAACACUUGGAAGAAGAUUGUUGAAUCACAAUGUUUUCUGACAACAAAGGAUUCACAAGUUUUUUUGCAAAUGGACCAAUAAAAUUCAAGGUUUAACUAGGCAACUGUUGAAAACUUUAAGCCAUUUGAACUUACCUAACCACUCAGGAAACAGUCCUCAAAUUUAUGAAUGUUUUUGGUCUGUUUGCAAAAGCACUCGAGAAUCCUUUGUUUUGACAAAAGGCUGUGAUUGGCCAAUCUUCUUCCAUGUGUCCCAGUUUGAGUGUCUGCACUGUAACCCAUAAUAUUGUUACCUUGAAAAUAAUGUUAUUGUGGAAUACAGAGAAUCAAAGUUAUGCAUGUGACUAAUGUAGGCUCCCAUUUUUGUUUCCUCUCUUUCUACAAAGUUAUGCCUGUUUGUGGUUUACAAAUCUGUCCAUCUCUCCAGGCUCUUUACUCAUUUGGACAUUAAAAUAAUAUUUAAUAAUAUUUUAUUCUGACUUUUAUCUCUUAUUUCUCCAAAAUGCUUUCUUCUAGUUCUACGUGAACUAAACUUCUCUAUGUCUAGUAACUGUUGUGUUCGCUCUAGAUUUCUAUCAUCAUUUUUUAACAACAUUAAACUUCUCAAUAGCUGUAAUUAAUGAGAAAAUAAUAUUAGUUUUAAACCACAGGCCAUGCAUCAGAAUAAUUAUUAUGCAGAAACAAAAUUUUAAGUCUUGACACCAAUAAUAUUGCUGUUGUGAAUUUUUUUAGCAUCCUCAAGUAGCACCAACUUGUACUACAGAACUACCAGGGCAGCACUUCAACUUUUCUUGGAAUUCACAGGUAACUAUCUGCAGGAGUAAUUAACAGUGCUUUAAUUUUACUUUACUUUAAUUUUACUUUAAUUUAAAGUAGGAGGGAAAUGACAAGUAUAAUAAGAGGGUUGACGUGUGAUUAGGCCCAAAUUUAGCGUGUGACACAUGAAUAUGAUCAUAUGAACAUGAUCCGUGAAACCACUUAUAGAUAUGAAGCAUGAUUUAUCUUGUAAGAUAUCUGGAACUCGUGAAUUAUUUGUCUCAUUUUGUGACAAUCAACAGGAUCACAGGACGAUAAUAUUAAUAGAUUGAACAGUGCCGACAGUUGCAUUCUUUGAGUUCCAUUUUUGUUCUGGUUAAUAAUUACCAAUAAAACUAGAACCUAAAAACCACAUGCGGUCAGUGUAAUCAUUGACAUCUUUCAAUAUGACAAUCAUCGAAGUCUGAUCGAUGAUGACUGUGGUUUCGGUUUCUCUGUAGCCUCUUUGAUUAAGGGGCUGGAGAGGUUGAUGACUAAAUUCGUGACUGGUGAAAACUGGUUUAUAAAGAAUGUGGUAAGUGAAAUUUGCCAAAAUUUGCACGUGACACGGGACCAUGACCUCCCCGCUGCCCUCCUUGCUACCCUAAAUUAAAGUAGCUGAGGUUCUUUUCCUUUUUUGGUUUAGUUCAUCCAUUGUUCUUUUCCUCUCCUAUGAAAGUAAUUAGGCCUCAGUUUCAAAUAUUCUAUCUUAUUUAAUAUCAGUUACUUUAACAUUAUAAUUCUGAUUCUCAGGUUCUCUUUUGGAGAUAAUCAUCAUUAUUUUCUCAUUUCCAGUGAACCAAAAUCCUGAGAAAAAGCCAGGAUUUAUAAUACUUUUUCUGUUUUUAUUUUCCCCUGAGUACGCAACCAGUUUAAGUGAAGAAAACUUCCAAUCAUUUUGACAAGUAAUAUUAAUUUGGCCUUGUGUUAUUCAGUGUGUUCAUUAAGCAUUGGAGAUUGGAGAAUUCUCAGUUUACUAGGCUAAAUAAUCCAGCUAGCGUUUGGUAGCCUAUGACUACUUUUUAUAAAAUACUCUCCUGUAAUGUUACACCUUUCUCCUGCUACUAGAAUUCUUAACAAAACCCUUGGUUAUUUCCUUUUCUUUUGUUAGAGCCAUCCUCUUGAACAGUUAUAUCAACAAUUCCAACAGGUAAUUUAGCCCAGGCUGAUUAUAUUCUAAUUAAAUAGUUCGAUGAUGUUAGGCUGGAAAUAUUCUAAUCCUCAAUGAUAUUCUCAGAUUAGAUUACCAGUUAUUGUACAUUACAAAUUUUCCAUACACGAAAUUAUAAUCUUUUUUAAAUUCUCAGCAUUGGGUUUAUACUUAAAUAUAAUUUAUUUAAAAAAAUGCAAAUUUUAGCCUCAAUUAAAAAAAACUUAUACAAAAAGAGAGUGUAUCUCAGCGAUUUUAUGCCACGAAUUUCUUGAUAGCCACAGUAUCUUCAAUUUUCAUGUGUGCAGGCUAUAAUAAUACAUCAGUUUACUUUUUUUAAAUCAAAAGGUACUUUGUCAGUUUGAGGAUUUUUGGGACAUGUUAGAUGAAAUAGACUGUAACACAUGGAUCCUAGAACCUGAUCACCCAUCACGAUCCUGCACAAAUAGAAGAAUUGCUCUUGGUAAGUCCUAGAAAGGAACAAGUACCAAUAAUACAAAUAAUAGUAUUUUUGAUAUGUUUGUCAACUUCUCUGUGUUGUACAAUCCAUGUAACUAAACCUGCUGCUCCAGGUCUGUAUGGAGAUACAUGUGUGUUAUAGACAAUUUUAUACCUUGGCUAUUAUUUUUGAAAUCCUGUUAUCACUUGCUUAGUUGUUGGUUGUUUCCCUUGCCCUGAGAUGUUUUUCUCUGUCCCCUCUCCUCCAAAACCCACCUUUCCAAAUUUCAACAUGAUCUGGAAUGCACGGACAUGUCAAAAAAAGUUCUUUAGAGCUCCUAAGUGCCUUGUUGGCGAACAAAUUACAUUUUGACAGGCGUUGUCUUGUUAAAAUAAUUUUGUUGUUUUUAACGUUGAUUUUGUCUUUAACCUUUUUUAAAACGUAAUAACUUGCUUAUCACCUAGUAUCAAGAAAACACAUUAUGGCCCUGACUAUAGGCCUGUAUAAUGUUGUGGUACAGCAUUGCCAGUACCCUGCGUGCAGAGGUUUCUUUCUGGCAUGGCUUUCAGCAUUUGAAAAGUCUUUUGCAUGGGUUGUCAGUUGGUUUACCUGACUGACAUCGACGUGAUGGACUUUGUUAGAGUGAUUCUGGUCAAAAGGCCUUGGGACUGGCUCAUGUGCCACUCCACACAGUCAAGUAAUCUAUUAGUUUUCUUUUUCCAUUUUUAGGCAACAAUGCUUCCAUUCAAAUAGAUCUGAAUCCUUCAAACCCCAGACUUCUACCAGAGUGCAGAUUUUUAGGAGCUGACAAUGGUAUGUGUAUUUGAAGAAUGAUUCAUAAAUUUUUAGAUUCCUUCUAUAAACUCAGAGCCAGGGCUGUCACUUAGGGCUGAAGGCUGGGGAUUUCUCCCGGCUUCUAUGAUUGAGCAUUCUAUGAACAUGUUCAUAGUAACAAAGGGAAAAUAGAUUGAACCAGGAGCACCCAAUAACUGUUUUCGAUGAAAUAUAUGUUCAGAGAAGUGAAUAUUGCUUAGAAUUUUCUAUUACUUGAGGAUGGUUAUGUUCCACUCAUGUGCAAUUUUCAAAGCUUAUCUAAUAAAUUCCCUACUAUUUUCUGAAGUUUAAUUUUCACAGUUCACUUCCCAAGUUAGGCUAUUUUUCGUAGAGAAAAGGAAAGUAACGUAAAAUUUUUGGACUCAAAAAUGCAGUGGAGAGAGAAUUCAGAAAAUGUCUCGCUUUCUUGGUAUGUCAAAUCUCAUCUAAAAUUGGCCGAAAAAAAAUACUGAAGCCCUUGUAACUUCGAAAAGACACAAGUUCCCUUAGGAUGACCUAAGAGAUACAAAUUUUAUAGGGCUGCUCAGAUUGCAUUGCUAGACAUCUGAAAGUACUCUGGAUAGCCUAAGUGUUAUGAAUGUAUUUAUAGGAGGAAACCGUUGUUGGGUGCCCCUGUUGAACUAAAAGAAUGUCCAAUCUGUUCAAUUACCCAUCUAUAUUUUAUUGCAUAGGUAUACCCACCAACUUGAAAUCUUAGUGACAACCCUGCUCAAAGCAUAAUCUUUUUGUCAGAGUCUCUAAGGAAAUAAACUAUUAGUUUUCAGUUACUUAAUGAUAUAGCUUCUACCAUUUACUAUUCAGAACAAAGCUUGAGUUAAAAUUGACUGUGAAUUGAAUUUUUUUGCAGUUAUUUUACCUUUGCGAGAACAUCUGAAUGCAAACAUUCAGUCCUGGUAAGUACUAUACUGUGAAAAAUACAAGUUGUAGCUAUCUUUAAUAUCUUUUAAUAAUAAAUUAUUUUUAACAUUUAUGUGUUUUAAAUUAGGAAUCCACAGCUAUCUGUUCUGGCAAACCUGGAGAGUUUACUGGGACAGAAAUUUCCCUCCCCCUCAACAACAAAGAAGGAGGUAGUUGGACAUGUUUUCUGAUGUCACUGUUGAAAAAAUGUUUAAAAUAAAAAUUAAUGUUAUUUUAUAAACAAUUACAUAACACUUUUUUUUGAAGGAUUUCAGCAUGGAGUGUGGUAUAUGUUAUGCAUAUCGCCUUAAUGAUCUGAUACCAGACAAAGCCUGCGACGAUUCACGGUGUGGACAGCCCUUCCACAGUUUGUGUCUGUAUGAGGUGAGAAGAUGGUUUUUCAUGCAAUUAACCAGAGCAUGCCAGCUGCAUGAAAACUAAUGUCAGAUGUAACUUCACAUGUGAAAAAAAACAUGUUAACAAACAAUUAUCACUGUUGCAGUGAGAGUUGUGUUAAAUCAUACCUUUUGCAGAAAAAGAAUGUUAAAGGGAAAUGGUUUGGUAUUUCAUUAGUGUUUUAUAAUAAAGAGAGCAUAACAUGGGUGCUAGGAGCUGUAUGUAAAAGAUUUCUCUUAGAGUGCUGAAAAAUGUUAAUUUCAUGAGUGAGUGCAGCAAACAAGUGAAAUAAUUACGUAAAAUCCUCUGUUUCUUGUGUGUAAUGAAGAAUGUGUGUAUUAUUGAUGCAAACCAUUUGUUAAUCAAAUCGUUUAUGUAUUUCAUGAAAUGUAAGUUGUGCACUGUUGUUCAUUGUUUUUUCUUGCAGUGGCUGAGAGCUUUGCCUUCUAGCCGGCAGAGUUUCAACAUGGUGUUUGGAGAGUGUCCAUACUGCAGCAAAGUGAGACAUAUUGAUUCUCUUAAAUACUAUUUGUAUGAAAUGUUCAGUGCUCAGUGUUGCUCAAGGCAAGCAAGACAUACGUAAUCUGCAGGUUAAGAAAUUAAUUGGUAGGUCAAUGGUAUUGCAUGGCCAACUGUUGGUCAGAAUAAAGUUUGUUGUGUUUAACCUGAGUUUAUAGGGUUUUCACAGUCUUGAAAAGUCCUUGAAUUCUAGGGAGUCCUUGAAAAGUCCUUGGAUUUUCCUAAACUUUAAAGAGUGAGCACGGAAAGUGUUUUUCAAUGCUUUUUGUUGUCCAAGACAGAAGUUAUAAAUCAUAGCUCAGAGAAGUUCAAGGUGAUUUACAUAUAGCGUUUUUUGUUUUAUGCAAGAAUUAACUACGGUAUUAAUUUAAGACAAGUGAAAUGAAAAAGUGUAGAGAAGUUGGUGGAGCAAACAGUUCAAGCCUUUAAAGUCCUAUUAGAAUGGACUGGGAAUAUGCAUAUUUGUGCAAUCUGUAUGUGACGUUACAUUCCUGGUAGGUUGUCCUUGAAAAUCAAAUGUGGUCCUUGAAAAGUCUUUGAAAAGUCCUUAAAAAAUGGUUGCAAUUUUUUUUGUGGACCCUGGUUUACUAUUCUUGUUUGGGCUUUACCAAUAUAUCAACAAGUCAUAUGCAUUUGCAUAAGUUAAAACCCAUCAAUGGCUUUUAUGAAUUUAAAGUUGCAUUUGCAAAUUCACUAUAUAUUACUUGUCAUUUUUAAGUCAUUCUUUUAAUUUUAAUGUUUCUUGUAUUUCAGCCCAUUACAGUCAAAAUGGUGACAGGAAAAUGA